AUCAGCAGCCAUAUCGCUAAUAGUUAUAGAGGGUACGUCCCCUCCAUAUUUGAUUAUUAUGAGUGGUCCUGAUGAUACCACUGAUGGAGGGAAAUGGGAUGCUCUGUGGAAAGGUGGCCAAGGUCUCGCUACAGCCUUACAGAGCCAAUCAAAGGAUGUUGCUGCCAAGUUACAGGUUCAGGCCCACGACCUGGCCAACCAAGUAUCCUCAACGGAGUGGGGAGGUAAAGUGACCACGGCAGUCCAACAGGCAGCUGAGGGUCUCCAUCGAGACUAUCGUAAGGUCGCAGCAACGGUCCUGCCUACCGAGAAGCCCCCGAAGAGGAACAUCAACAUGAAGCUUGCUUCUCGGAUAUUUCUAAUACCCUUCCCUGAGAAGAAUAGGGUCUCCUCGAUUGCCGCGGCGUUCCCGGGCGAUUGCAAGAUUUUCAACAUGUCAGAACGAAAGUACGACCCUUCAGAGGUAUUCUCAACCAUAGAAACCUCAGUGGUAGACAUAGUCUUCCCUGGGCUUCCGUAUCCCCCUCUCGUCAAGACUGCUGAGAUAUGCCUCCAAGUCGAAGAGUGGCUCCGUGGAGAUCCAACGCGAUGUGUUGCGUUACACUGUAUUCCUAGUGGGUUGCCUACUCGUACGGCUGUAGUAUCGGCAUGCUUACUGUUUUGGCUCUUUCCUGCCGACUACAGCCAUCCAUUGGAUGCAGUGCCCAGGGUAUGCAAGUCCCUACCAUUGAAAGAAGAGGACCUGUUGCCGAGCCAGAGACGGUAUCUCUCUCAGUUCUACCGCUGCAUCUGCAGCCGUAGUAUUAGUGACGAGGACAGCUCCGACUCGGGGGGAGAUUAUCUAACCCCCUUGCCAGUCAGCAUGAAUAUCGUCAAGGUUGUUGUGAAGGCUAAUGAUGAUUGCGAUAGCGAUAGCACACCUCUGGCCAACCCUACCUCUAAGGUAGGAUGGAGGCCGUAUCUAGACCUAUGGCAGCAGGGACGAAAGCUCUAUUCAAGUUGGGAACCUGUGGGAGAUGACUCAGCACCGGCUAAGAAGUCCAGAGUCGAUGAGCCCAUCCUUACCUUCACAAUACCCAAUGGUGGUAUUCCUAUCAGCGAGGAUGUCAUCCUCAGACUACGGACUUAUCCUGGACCUCACACUGUGUUCCGUGUCCCCCUACCUUCCCCAGGGGUUCUCUAUCAUGACCAAGCUACGUGUAUAUCGCUUACCCGAGCCGAUAUCGAUGGAGGUGUACUAUCGGAAUUCGUGGAUGAUGUUGAAGUGUUCCUCUCCUUUGAGGAUACGCAUGUCGACGAGGAGAGUUCAGCUAUUCGGAACGCUCGGCAAGUUCUUGCCGAUUGCCGGACCAAGUUCAGACGUCAUUACACAGAGGACGUCACUAAAGGUCGUAGUAGCAGUAGAAGCAGUAAUAGCAAAGGGAAUAGCAAGUCUAGUCGGAAAGAGAGGAAGUCCUCGGGGGAUUCUCACAAGCGCAAGCAUAAGGCUGCUGUCAGCUGCGAGAAGCAUAGUCCUGUGCUUACCAAGGCCGUCGAGCCUGCGAUGAGCACUCAGGCCAAGGAUACUGAGCUUACUCCGAGUGCUGCUACUGUGGGCACUCAAAGCGUGAAUGAUAUAUCAAUACCUCUGGGGUCACCAGUGGAUGAUGUAGAAUUGGGCCUUGAUGACUUGUAUGGCUUAACGGAAGUAGAUGAGUAUACGGCAUGGGAUGCCCAAGGGGGCUCCCCUCAAGAGGAUGAUGAGUCACGACGAUGUUGCGGUCCGGCUGAUAGUCCCCCUAUAUUUACGGGGAAGGGAUGACACUUGAUAUGAACUGCUAUCAACAACGUCCUCGUCAUCAUCAUGAUCAUUUUCUUUAUCAUUUGUCUCAUCUUCGGGUGAUGCCCUGGCCCCCCCCCCCCAUCUGCUGUUGUCCUCUUGCCACCACUGCUUA